GCCACACAAAACAAACAAGCUUCGGUUCUCCGUAGCGACUGCGCUGCAAUCAGGUCGUCGUAGUACGUAGGUGUUAGCCACAUACGCAUCAGGAAGCUAACGAGAAGAUCAGAUCGGAGGUAACGGCAAUGGCAAUGGCCAAGGCCAGCAUCCUCGCCACCUUCGCGGCCGUGGCAGCUCUGGCGGCGGUGCAGCUCGCCGCGGCGGCGGACCACCCCGUGGGAGGCGACGGCUCCUGGGACGCCAGCGGCACCACCGGCUACGACGCCUGGUCCGCCAAGCAGACGUUCAAGCAGGGCGACACCUUGUCGUUCAAGUUCGCGCCGUCGCACGACGUGACGGAGGUGAGCAAGGCCGGCUACGACGCCUGCUCCGGCAGCAACCCCGUGAAGUCCUACACCGGCGGCAGCGCCUCCGUGAAGCUGUCGGCCCCAGGGAAGCGCUACUUCAUCUGCAGCGUGCCCGGCCACUGCGCCGCGGGUAUGAAGCUGGAGGUCACCGUCGCCGCCGCCGCGGUCACCGCCGCGCCGGCCCCCGCCAAGACGACCAAGCCCCGGCACCAGAGGAGCGUCUCCCCGACCCCGGCCCCUGCCGCGGCUCCGGCUGCGCCGUCCACCGACGAGAUGCCCACCGUGUCCUCGCCCACCGCGGCGCCGGCGCCCAAGUCCUCUGACGCCUCCACGCUUGGAGCCAAGGCUGUCGUGGGGCUCGCCGUCGCCACGAUGCUCACCUUCUUGGCCAUGUGAGGGCGAGUCGUGCUGCGUGACGCGCAUGAUUUUUGCAGAUAAAUGUAUUAUAUACAUACAUAUAUACUCCAGCGAUUCAUUAUUGCAUUGCAUUGCAUUGUCGUCAGUGCGGCGCACCCACCGACGGUUGUUGCUGACAAGAGUUCAUUUAAUUGCCGGCCUUUUUUUUAUUCGAUUGUUAAUUAUACUGCUACGAUGUACUUACUACUUGAAUUAUUAGUGUAUUUGUUGUCACUGUUGAUCAUCCAAUAAAUUUAUCAUUAUUAUUCUU